CGGCCAUAUCGGACGGACCAGGUGGAGGAAGCUGCUUUGCGUGCAGUGUCAGUCAGUCAGUCAGUCACCAGUCAGGCCAGCUCGCCGGCUCCGUAGCUCUACCGCCGUCAGCCACUACAUCCAAGGUACAUACACUGCAUGAUCGCAGGGGCAGUACAUCAUCCGUUACGUGCCUGCCUACCUACCUACCGCCACCUUCGACUACCUGCAGUCGCAACCUUCAACGUCCCGUCCCAUUCAUUGCAAGGAAGCUCACCACACCACCGAGCUCCCGCGACUUCCUGGGCCCUCACCAACCCAAUUCACGUCGCCAAAAGUGCAUGGCAGCUACAGUAGGAGACCACCAGCUGCACAUCCAUCUUUUACUUAGUGCUGGCUACCUGUUUUCUUCGAUUGGGGUGUGCCCGCACUGACCUCCAGCUUCAGUUGGAAUCCCAUCCGCGCAUCGCGCAACACCACCACCACCCUUGACCUACCCCUCCUCCAAGCCGAAGAGCACCCCUCCAGCUCUUCUCCCAUAUCUAACCGUCUCUCCCUCCAGCCAUGGCGGUCAGAUUUCGCCAAUCGUCGCAGCAGCUUGCGCUUUGCGCCAGGCAGGCCCUCCGGACUACCACCCGGCCCGCAUACCGUGCAUCCCGCCUCCCCCGGGCCUCCCUCUCGUCCGCUCGCCAGCUACCUACCUCUCGGCUCUACUCGACACAAUCGACCGAGAAGCCCGAACCCAAGAAAGAUGACGACAACAAGUCGCCCAAGCCCGAGGAGGACGAGGAAGAUUUCGAGCCCAAACGCCCCCUGCCCCCAGGAUGGGUGCGCAUGGAGAAGCAGGAUCUCAAGGAUUUCGAUGCUUUCAUUAAAAAGGCCGCACUGAAGACGGGAAUCAAGAUUGAGGGCCAGGAUGUUAUCCUCCAAGGCAUCAAGCACUACGGCUGCCCAAAGGAGACGCGAGAGCUUCUGAAAAAGUGGAUCAGUGGCAACAUCACCAUCUUUGAGCAGCUCAGGUGCAUGAAGUCUCUGGUUAUGCUGGCCAAGGAUCUCGGUGAACAUGAGGUCGAAUACAUGAGGAAGAACCCAAAUGCAAAGUCUAUCGCCAGUGGCUUCAAUGACAACACUUUCACUUCGAACAUGUCAGAUUCCGACAGGAAAGCGCAGACGUCGGAGGAGCAGAAUAAGCAAAGCGAAGGCAAGGAAGCCGGCCAACAGCAGUCCGACGGCCAACAAGGAAAGCAAAGUGGUGAGCAGCAAGGCCAGCAAGGGCCCAAGAGGCCUGGUGCUCAGGGCCAAGGUGGUCAAGAGCCUCCCCAGGGCUUUGACGGCGGCCUCAUGAACUAUGUUAUUGGUACCGCUGUUCUGUUCUGGACCUACAAGGUGCUGUUCCCCGGCAACGACUCUCGCGAGAUCACCUGGCAGGAACUGCGCAAGAACUUUCUGGAAAAGGGCCUGGUCGAGAAGCUCACGGUCGUCAAGGAUCGUGUUAUCGUGGAUCUCAACAAGGAGGCUGUCAGGCAAAUGUAUCCCGACUCGCCCGCCGCUUCUCCCGGCUUCCACUACUACUUCACCAUUGGCUCUAUCGAUGCUUUCGAGAGGAGGUUAGACGAGGCCCAGGCUGAGCUUGGGAUUCCGCCAGCUGAGAGGAUCCCUGUCAGCUAUGCCAACGAAUUCAGCUGGGGCAACAUCAUCCUUGCCUUCGGCCCUACCCUGGUGCUUGUGGGUUUGCUUGCCUACAUUUCCAGGAGAGGUCCUGGCGGCGCUGGCGGCCCCGGUGGCAUGUUCGGCAUCGGCAAGAGCAAGGCCAAGAUGUUUAAUCACGAUACUGCGGUCAAGGUCAAGUUCUCCGAUGUCGCGGGUAUGGAUGAGGCCAAGGUCGAGAUUAUGGAGUUUGUCCAGUUCCUCAAGGAGCCCGAGCGCUUCCAGAAGCUCGGUGCCAAGAUCCCUCGUGGUGCUAUCCUGUCUGGUCCCCCCGGUACCGGUAAGACUCUGCUUGCCAAGGCGACUGCCGGUGAAUCGCAGGUUCCCUUCUUCAGUGUCAGCGGUUCCGAAUUCGUCGAGAUGUUUGUCGGUGUCGGUGCGUCCCGUGUCCGUGAUCUCUUUGCCACGGCGCGGAAGAACGCUCCCUGCAUCAUCUUCAUCGAUGAAAUCGAUGCCAUUGGUCGGUCUCGUUCCGACGGCGGCUUCAGGGGUGGAGGAAACGACGAGCGCGAGGCUACCCUCAACCAGAUUCUUACAGAGAUGGAUGGAUUCAAUACAACUGAGCAGGUAGUCGUCCUCGCCGGUACCAACCGACCCGACAUCCUUGACAAGGCUCUUAUGCGUCCCGGUCGCUUCGAUAGACACAUCAACAUUGAUAGGCCUACGAUGAAGGGUCGUCAGGACAUCUUCAAGGUCCAUCUGGCCAAAAUUGUGACCAAGGAGGAUAUCGAGUUCCUCACUGGCCGUCUCGCUGCCUUGACUCCUGGCUUCGCUGGUGCUGACAUUGCCAACGUCGUCAACGAGGCUGCUCUUGUCGCUGCCAGAGCGAAUGCGGAGACGGUCGAGAUGAUCCACUUCGAGCAGGCUAUCGAGCGUGUCAUUGGCGGUCUGGAGCGCAAGUCCCUGGUUCUCAGCCCCGAGGAGAAGAGGACAGUUGCCUACCACGAGGCCGGCCAUGCCAUUUGCGGCUGGUUCUUCCAGUGGGCCGACCCUCUUCUCAAAGUCUCCAUCAUUCCUCGUGGCCAGGGCGCACUCGGCUACGCUCAGUACCUGCCAUCUGGUGACGCCUACCUCAUGAACACCAAGCAGCUGAUGGACCGCAUGGCCAUGACUCUUGGUGGCCGCGUGUCCGAGGAGCUUCACUUCCCCGUCGUGACAACGGGUGCCAGCGACGACUUCAAGAAGGUCACUCGCAUGGCGCGCGCUAUGGUGACGGAGUGGGGCAUGUCCGAAAAGGUGGGCAUGCUGCACUUUGACGACAGCGCGGAGCGGUUCCAGAAACCGUUUGCCGAGUCGACGGCGCAGGCCAUCGAUAGCGAGGUGAGACGCAUCGUCGACGAGGCCUACAAGCAGUGCAAGGACCUCUUGACGGCCAAGAAGAAGGAGGUUGGCAUGGUGGCCGAGGAGCUCCUCAGGAAGGAGGUUCUGUCGCGUGACGACCUCGUCCGCCUCCUCGGCCCCCGCCAGUGGCCCGACAAGGAGGAGUUCUCCAAGUACUUCCACGGCGAGCGCAAGAGCGCCCCACCACCAUUCCCUACCGAGAACACCGAUACUCCCGAGGAGCGGGGUCCGCAGCCGGCUAUGAGGGAAGAGAAAGCUGACGCUACGGGCAACAAGGAGGGUGAGAGCAAGGAGCAAAGGUGAUGGGAAUGAGGGGAUGAGGUAACAGAAUGGCGGCGGUAGAUGAGACGUGCGAGGGAUGUAAAGAAGGAGAAGGAGUAGGGAAGUUGUUGUUGUUGUUUUAGCCAUUAUCCCCCAACUCAAUGUUGUUGAUGUUGAUUUGUUCUGUACCACCAAUUGUUAUGUUUACCAAGGAGAAUGGGGGGGCGUUUCUUGCACGCAUUUUUAUUUAUUUGUUGUUCAAGAAGAGGAUGAGAAAAGAUUAAGGAUGAAAGAGUGAAAGAGAAAGAGGUCAUGAUCCCCGACGUGUAUGUGAUGACACUUUAUACCUGGCUCAUUAGGUCUGUAACUGUACUACUCUACUCUUGUACUGAUAUCGAAUUGAGGCUGGGACUUGGGAGAACGAAAAGAAAGAAAGCGGAGGAAUAUACAUGUUACCUUUUCACAUUCACACGAGAGUUGGUUGACAAGCAAGCGCACCAGUACAUACUAU